UCAACAGUACUAGCAGCCCGCACCCGUUGCAACCUCAACGUCUCUACCUACGCACAGUCGCAAAGCCCGCGCCGACCUGGAUACCGUGGAUUCUUAAUCGCCUGCGCGUAGACGGUUCUGUUGCGAUGCCUCCCUCUGCCAUGGCGAUGCCUGGGCAACACAUGAACGGCGCUCCUUCGAACAUCUCGGCUGGCGUAGAUCCCACUUACUGGGGCGGCCACCAGAACUUCUCACCGGACUCCACAUCGCCAUUGUCGCCCUCGUUAGGGCUCCAUCUGUCGCCGACACAGAGUAUCACCACCCAGAGCAGCAUCAAUGGAAGCACGCCUCCGGCGCAAACGCCCCAGUCGGACAGCGGCGGCAGCAAAGGAAGCGGCCAGAAGACCAGCCAGAAGCAGUCAAAUAACGACCAAACCAGAGCCUCGGUCGCUGUCGCGUGCGUCCCAUGCCGCAGUAGACAUUUGAAAUGCGACGGUGGUGUGCGAUGUUCCCGAUGUAGGACCGACGACGUGGAAUGCACCUACAUCAAGUCGCGAAGAGGCUGGAAGGGCAAGCGGAAAACCAAGGAAGAGACCGGCGCGUCCACGACCCCAAAUGGUUUAUCUGCACCUGAAGUCCAAGCCAACAAUGGCCACAUCUCGUCGCCUGAGUACUCGUACAACGGCGAUGCUGGUAUGAACCAGCUCAGCCCAACUCACGGUCUUGGCGUCCGACCUGUAGCCCCACCAGUUGCUCAACUCAACCUAAAUGGAUCCGCGCGUCUGAACCGGUUUGGUCACUUGGGACCCGAGACGGCCGUUCAGGCCUUCUACCACUUUUUCUACAAUUCACAUCCCUUCUGUCUCCCGGAGCCGAGGUUGCUAGAACUCUUCAAGGAACGACAUGCCCCACUCUUGGAAUAUGCCGUGCAAUUCAUCGGAUCCAGCUACAUACCGUCGGUACCUACGGCCAUGUACAAGGAAGCGUUAGAUCGCCAGAUAGACAGCAACAACUACGCAAGAGAUGCGUGGUCGGUCCAAGCCCUUCUCCUCUUCGCCAUCGGCCUUCAUGCCCACAACGAGGUUCCACGCGCCGCCCAAAUCUUCACCAUAGCCCAAAACCUGACACUGGAAAUCGGCCUCAACCGUAUGGAAUUUGCGCUGAUGCACGGAGAAAACGACCCCCAGCUGGAAGAAAGCUGGCGGAGAACGUGGUGGUCCAUGUUUACGGCCAACGGCAUGAUGACAGCAGUCAACCCCGGUGUGCAAUUCCGACUGAAAGACGUCGUAACCGACGUCCCACUGCCAUGUGAGAACGUCGAGUACUUUUCAGGCCAAAUACCAUAUCCCUCGACCCUCUCCGACUACGACGACUCUGCCUUCCUCCCCCACUUCGCAACCUUCUCCUCCUUCACCUACCUCAUCGACGCAAUCCGCAUCCUAGGAAAAGUCUUCGAAUGCGCGCGUCUAGACUCCACCUUCGAAUACCACGCCGUCGACGUCGUAGACCAAUAUCUAUGUAACUGGCGCCUGCAUCUCCCCGCCUCCAAAACCGACAUCGUAUCCAACGACGGGCACGUCGACGAAGUGCUGUUCCAGGCACACAUGGUAAACGCCGGUAGCACGAUUAUGCUGCACCGACCCCGCAGCAACCUUGGCUUCGGAAGGGUGGAAGGCGUGAACAUAUGUGUGCAGCCCGGACAGGUUUUGUUACCGACACAAACCCGCGAAAUCCACACCGCGAAAUGUCUCACCUCCGCUGAAAACAUCUCCUCCCUCAUCCGGCUGCCAGGCCCCCUCCUCUACCACACCCCCUUCUUCACCUGCGUCGUCGUCAUGGCGUCCGUCGUACACCUAUCAUACUGGUCCUUCCUCGUCCCUGACGGCCAAGACGACAUCAUCAAGCAGUCUAUCCGCCUCGACGUGGGUACGCUGCAGCAAUAUAGCAAUACGUGGCCGAUUGCGAAUGUGGUCCUCGGACAGGUGCGGGGCGUGGCGCACACGCUGUUUAAUAGUAAGAAGGCGAUGUCAAUACAUCUGUGGAGUAAUUUGCAGCAGGACGAUGUUAUCAGGGGAGUUAUUGAAGAGGGGAGAGCUGUGCCGCAGCAGCAGUAUGCGCAGUUGAUUGCUCCCAUGCUAAAAUCGUAGACGGCGUCCCCGCCUUCUCGCUUUCGUUGUAUCUCGCUUCGUCCUGUUUAUUUGCGCGCUCAUCAUCUUUCACGUCUCAAUGUUCUCUGUCGCGCCUUCACAAACGAUCGUUUAUCAACUACAGCGAGCGAGCCUUUUACUUGUCAACAUCUCGGUCGUCUACGCGCUCUGGGCUCGCUAUUACGCGACCCUCGUUGUUCUGUAUAAUGAACAUACCGACAUCACGCGUCGUUUCUUAUCUUGCGUCUGGGCGCUUGGUGGCGCAUUCCAUUGAAAAAGUCCGAGCAAGCGGAGUCUGGAAAGAGCUUGAUUAAUGAAGAUACGAACUUGCUGUUGUAGUAGUAGUAGUCGCAACGCCCUUGGGCGUGUUAAUAGUAGAAUCGAAAAGCUUUUUUAGUCGCACA